UCAGGGAAAUAUUCCCGCCCGAUUAGGAGGAGACGCUCAUCAUUGGUUUAGUACCUAUGUAUGGGUGGAUCUUCCGACCUUCGAGCGAGCCUUUUUGAAUCGAUUCGACUAUUUCCAUCCAGAGCAAGCACUUUUCAUGAUUAAAGACCGGGUGCAAAAACCUCUUGAGUCUAUCGCAGAAUAUUGAAACCGAUUCUAUCGGAUGUUCGUGAAAACUGAGCGGGGCGAGCAAGUCGGGAGAGAUUUGUUUAUCGAUGGACUUCGCAGCCGAACGAUAAGGGAGAAGCUGCGAAAGCAGUUCUCCCCCAUCAAUCAUACGCUACAGCAGAUUAUAGUCGCUGCAGAGGAGAUGGAACGAAAGUUCGCGGCGAGUUUCCUGGAAGGGGAAGACUAUCCUAAGGAAGGGGAUUCGUCCGAAUUUGCGAGGGCAAAAGCUGAGCUGGCCGCGUUGCAAAACAGGUUCGAGAAUAUGGGAUUUGUGUCUAGCCCAGUCACCUAUCUGGAACAGAUAGCCCCUAAACGACAGGCCCCGAGUGUAAUUACGAGUGUCCCUGUUCCUGUGAUGCCAACACUUGUCAUGACGGCACCCCCGCCACCGAUUGAGAACCCUGUACGGUCAAAUGAGUCCACUGCUAUUUUUGAACUGGCCAAAACAUUAAUUAGCCUAAUCCAGGAGAGCAAAAAGGAACAACGAGAGCAUAACGCUCGGCUAGAAGCUAUGAUGACGAACAUGCGGCCCAUCGCAGUACGUGCCGCUCCAAUCCAACAAGGACCGGCCCCGGCACCUGCGCUUGGAGGGGCCACAAGCAAUCUGAAUGUUUGUUAUGCAUGCCAUCAAUCAGGGCAUCUAGCCCGUGAUUGCCCCCACCGGCCCCCGCAACAACGGGUCGGGGUUGCACCAAUGGCAACAGCCCCCAUCGCUAACGGACUUGGACGGCUAGGAGCCCUGAUGGAAGAAAUGGGAGGAGGAGGAAGUACGUUAGCUACCACGGAAGAGGCUGCUGAGCUCAUCCCGUUGGACCAAUAUGUGUCGCUUGGUUAUCCGGGGCUUGGAAUGAUUGGAAUGAUUAGACCGGCAUCGGAGCAGAAAGAAGUGGCGGAGUGGCGGAGUCGGGAGGUUCCACCUUCGUCACUGGGGAAAUCGAUGUGUUGAACAUCAUCUGAGUCUUGGACCAUCGGAUUUCACUUCCGAUUGGCCAUCUGCUUUCAUCUCUGAACAAGCUAAUGAGCGAAUGCUACAACACU